AUGGUCCUCGACAAUUCUUUGAAACCAAGACAUAUUAGACUCCCACUGAGCCUUGAGCACCCUAUGCAUUUGAAACAUACUCAUACUGAGUCGACGCUGUCAGCGAUACUGUCACUGCCACUUUCGCUGCAUCUGCAUUCACAACAUCUGGAGCAUAUGCAGUAUCCACUGGACCCACAGUCACGAUCAAACUCAACACACGGUGAACAACCGGAUGCUAAAGUAGACCAAACGUUAUUGAAUAGCACCACACCAGCAAAGAAUACUCAGUCUAAUGAUCAUUCCGCAUCAGUUAAAGAAGUACUUGGUGAGAAAGAAUCAAAAAACAACCACUUGCCUCAUCAUCCACAUUCCCCACCAAAUUCAAAAGCAGAUGGCUCGCUAUUGAAAAAUAACAUUGCUACUGUUGACCCGUCGCGUGCUUCGCCAAAGGAGACAGAAACGGCGAGAAAUACACGUUUGAAUGCGUCUUUGUAUCAUACGUCGGAGGAAUCCGUCAACUUGUACAAGAACCAAAAUGACUCAACGGAUUUGCUUGGAAGGCUUUAUUAUGAUGAUUAUGACUCCAGCACAAUGUCACCAAGUAUAAUAUCGCCAAUGAAUUCUGGGUAUAAUACGCCUGCAAGAUCACCCAUGUUGCAUGCGCAAGGCGGAUCAGAAGUUGAUUUGAAAGCUCUUGGAAGUGAUUCUAACUUGGGUCACAGUAGUGCAAACACGCUCUUACUACCAUCAGCACAUGCUGCGCCACUGGUCUCGUCUGGCUCUUCGUCAUCACUUAAUGCAAUGUGGACAUUGCACAACAACCACAGCACCCCAGGGUCUGCACCAUUACGACCCGAUUUGGUGAGGAUGAAACUAGAAAGAGGUGUUUCAUUCGAUACAGUACCUCAUGGAACGAGAAAGUCACUAACAUUGAAGUCUAAGCAUCCGCAGUUUAAGUUUAGAAGAAACAACAAGACCUGGCUUGUUGGAUAUAACAAUGACGUGGAAAGCACCAAAGCUGUAGAAUGGUUAUUUGAUGAGAUGGUUGUUCAUGGUGAUACAAUUAUUAUUUUACAGGUAAUUGACGAAAAAAAAUCUCCGAUGAUGCAUAUAGACAAGAAACAAGCCAAUGAUACUUUGGCCAGUUUUGAGAAAUUGAAUGUCCAUUCCAAAAAGAUUGCAAUAGUGUUUGAAAUGGUGAUAGGCAAGCCACAGAAGCUACUUAAAUAUGCAAUUGAGGAAUACAAGCCAUCGAUGAUGAUUAUUGGCACGCACCACUUUGUAGAGAAUAGAGAUUCGAGCCAUAAUAAUAAUCACCACCACCACCACCACAGGGGUUUCUUCAGUUCGUCGUCGAUAUCUAAACAUUUUUUGGAAUGCGCUUUGGUCCCGGUGAUUAUUGUGAAGCCUACAUAUAAGUAUGUGGAGUAUCUAGAGCACCCGAUAGAUUCAGAAAACUAUUUUAGAGAUUGGGCAAUGAAUAUCCUGCACCGUCCACUGUCGUUAUCGCAGCAACAACAGCUGGUACUUCAACUGCAAAAUCCUAACUCAUCUCCUUAUAAGAUGAAACGACCUGGGUUUCUAAGUCCUUCAAGUUCUAGAUCUUCGUCGUACACAAACCUUGCGGCUGAGAACGACAAGCAUAGUGAUGCAGGUAGAGGACGGUCAGUGGAUAAUUCAGCAUUCAGAAAGACAAACGAGAGCCGUUCAAGGUCUACUUCCAAAACAAGAUCAUUUUCAAGGUUUUUCAGUCGUGGUGACAAAUAA